AUGUAUGUAUGUAUGUAUGUAUGUAUGUAUGUAUGUAUGUAUAUUGUCAAAAUCAUUUUGUUGUCAUGUGUCUGAAAAACACCUCAUCUCGUUUGUGGUAAGUUUUGUAAUUGAGUCAAGACGCGCUAGCGGACGUCUGACAGUCCAAACACUUGGCUUGCCGUAGUUUCUGUUUAAGGCGUUGCCAUGGUUACGUCAAACUAGCAUGGUGCCAACUAAAGUAUUCAGGGCAAAUGGCACUUAAAGAAAAUACUUGGGUGCCUUGGACCAGGGUUUGUGUGCAGUAAACAACUCUGGAUCGCUUCCACCAUGUCUGCCCCAGGGGAGAGUGAGAUGGCUCCUGGCCCACAGCUUAGAUUUGUCUUUGGGAACGCUGUUGUCAAAUCACAGACCCCCCACUGUUUGCCUGAGGACACUGGACCACAGGAGCUCACACAGUAUGAUUUCACAGAGACGUUAUGUCUGAGCAGAACGAAGCUCGAAUAUGUUACAGGCAGUAUUUUAAAAGCCAGCACACUGAAGCAUUUAUAUCUUGAAGGCAACCAGAUAUGCAGUAUCCCACAUUCACUGUUUGUCAGCCUGCCAAACCUGCAGUGGCUGGACCUCAGAAAUAAUCAAAUUGUGUCACUCCCAGCUGAAAUUGGCAUGCACAGGUGUCUAAAAACAUUACUACUCGAAGGAAAUCCUCUCUCUGAACUUCCCCCAGAGUUGGGAAAUGUUAUUACCCUUAAAGGCCUGAACCUGAGAAACUGCCCCAUAUCCUUUCCUCCACAAGACAUAUUGCACCAGGGGCUCCAGAGCAUCCUCCAGUUCCUAAGAAAUGUUAUGGCUAAGAGACCAGUUAGUAUGACAAAGACUCCUUCAGAGCUGCCAGUGGUGGAGAAGCUUCAGCUGUCAGAACUGAUGGGAUCCAGUAUGGAGGGGCAGGAUGAGUCAGUGGAUGAGGAUGAGCUGCAGAGGUUUGAAGAACUCAAAGACAAGAUGAUUCUACUGGACAAAGCAGAGCUAUGCUCACAUCUUCCUGUUAACAAAAUAAUCAAAGCAAGUACCAAGACCAGCAUGAUUCCCAAGCUCCCUCUUUUUGACUCUCAGGACUGGAAGAGGCCAGAAGAUAAGAGACAGGCCACAACGAAAGAGCUCAAAGAGAAACACGCGCUUCACGAGCAGAGGAAAAAGAGCCAAGAGGCUCUUCAGAAGUGGCGUACGCAAGCCAAGGUCAUACAGCAGAAGAAAAUGUUAGAGUGUAAGCAGAAGAAGCAUGGAAGGCAAAGGAAACGAGAGGAAGCGGAUUUAAAUCCUGGUGUCCAGGACAGCGGUGAUGCAGCACAGAGGCAGAUCCCCACCAUGGCUGUGGCACAGUGUGACGAGUCCAGAUCUGCCCGUGAGCUGGAACGGCAGAUCCGUGUUCGUGUUGAGAAGAUACAGGAGAGACGCAGGAAUCCCAGUGACAUGACCAGUGAGCAGAUGGCAGCAACAGAGGAAGAUGUGGAAGAGAUGAGGAAACUACAGAAGCGACUCCUGGAGAGAAAAAGAAAUUUAUGCAAUAACUCCAAGAACUCGUUUACUAUCUUCACUGGAGACACCUGGCCAAGUUCCUUUGAGUGAGAGUCUGGUGUCUCAAACAGAAUUAGUGUGUAUUAAUGAUCAUUCUAAUAUAUCCUAAAUAAACAUCAAUAGUGCUGAA